CAACGGAUUAUAAUAUCGACGAAAUGAUAUUCUACUAUAAUCUACGUAGUCGUAUAACUCUCGUCGCGUAGGCCGAGCGCUAUGAUCGAUCUUUCUAGAAAUUGUCGGACACCGUAUGGAUGCGCAGUGUUUGUUCUUUUGAGUCACAUGUGGCGGUUAGUACAUGAGAAUGUCAACGAAUUCAGAUAUCAAUGUUGACGCGAUGAAGUCAAUGGCUCUAGCUAUACCACCGGAUUCUCCAAAGAAACCCGUAAAGUCAACUGCAGUGGUGAAAUAUUCUGCGGUUCAAAUACCAGCAACAUACGCUCAAUUGCAGUGCAACACAGACUUGAAUCUUCCUCCUAGCAACUGGCUCAGUAGCUCAGCAGAAAGUUAUGGUCUGCAAAAUGUUUGGCCUCAGAGUACAGGAUUCUCUAGCUUUCGCAUGGCACAUAUGUUUCCCGAUUGUGUCGGUGAAGUGGAUGUGGUGUCAGAUGCUGAGAAUAUAAAAAAAUUACUUAAGCUACCUUAUAAUCAUGAUGUGAUAUCAAUGAUGGUACAUCGUAUUGAAAACACAUUGUUGUUAGAUGAUUUUGACAUACACAAGUAUCUAUUGAGACAGGCUGAGAAUGAUUGGGAAUGGCUGAAAAAGUUCUUUUAUGAGCACAUCUUUCAAAACCUUGGUGAUAAAGAGAAGCGUCUCUUCCACAAGGCAUACAGUAGAAAUAGUUUGCAACAAAGAAAUCUGGUGUCUAAGUUUCUAUAUCAUUCUAUAGUGCCAGCGGAUAAGAAUAAACAGAGUGAGAAACCACAAUUACCUGUGAAGACAUUAGAACCAUGUUUACCUGAACCAACGCAGGAGGAGAAAGUACCUGAUCCAAACUACAAUCAUAAUUUUGCAAGAAAUGUCGUCUGGACAUUUGAAAAUAUACAGAUGCUUAUUGGAACAGACAUGCCAAUAUUUGGUGGUCAGACACAUCCAUGCAUAAGUUUACGACUAAGAGACAUGUCAAAACCUAUCAAUGUUUUAACAGGAAUAGAUUAUUGGUUGGAUAAUUUAAUGUGUAAUGUUCCGGAAGUAGUGAUGUGUUAUCAUUUAAAUGGUAUUGUACAGAAAUAUGAAUUGAUAAAAACAGAAGAUCUUCCAAAUUUAGAUAAUUCAAAAUUUAGUCCUAAAGUAAUUAGAGAUGUGGCUCAAAAUAUUUUGAGUUUCCUAAAAAAUAAUGCAACAAAAGCUGGUCAUACCUAUUGGUUAUUUAAGGGUAAGGAUGAUGAUGUUGUGAAGUUAUAUGAUCUGACAUCAUUGUGCAGUGAUGUUUCGGAAGAGAAGGGACAAAAUCCCUUCACCGUACCUGUUGCAAUGUUGUUAUACAGAGUAGCUCGCAACAUGAAAUAUUCUCCCGAUUAUCAUCGCCAUCAGGGUACAAUCAGAAUGCUAUUAAAAAAUUGCAUUCAGUUGCUGGCCAAAGAAAAAUAUCCACAGAUUGUGACAUCUGCACAUUUUAUGCUUUCGGAUUUAUAUAUACCUUCGGACACAGAUCCAGCUAAUCCAGGAUUAUUAGAUCAAAGUGACGAGGAAGAUGUUCAAAGCGAGUGUGGAUGUAUGAAUCAAGAAAAUGAAGAGGAAGAGAAAGAAGAGGAAGUUUGUGCGAUCAAAUCUUUGACUUUAGCCAACAUGAAGGAACAAAUGGAACGUGAGCAGCUGAAAUACAAAGCACCUCCAAUUUCUGGUACAAUAGAAGAGAGAUGUCUAUCCGGAUUAGAACAUGUUACUCAUGGACUCGACUGCCUCCGAUAUUUUCCAACUGAUGAUAACGAUGAAGAACAAAAAAAAGCGGAAGAACGUGACAAAGAAAAACAAAGAUAUGAAGAGAUGCAUCCAAAUGUAGCAAAACCUUUUCAAGCGAUUCCCAUGCCUUACGCCCCAUUAAAUCAGCAAGACAUAAAUGCCAAGUCCGAAGAAAAUUCGGAGAAUCAUAGUCCCGCGCAUAAAAAGAAAAACAAACAAAAGAAGAAGAAGAGUGAAAAAAAUGUUACAAAGGAAGUAGCGAAUAUGAAUGCGUUGUGUAAACCGAAGACAAAAACAUUGCCAACGUGGCAAGCGCCGAAAAAAAGUGACAAUAUUUGUUGGAGUGCACAUUUGAAAACAUUAUUAUAUGAAAAAGCGUCGUUGAUAUUUGCUGUACUCGCCGAGAAAGAGUACGUGAAUAAAAAUUAUGGAGCUUCUUUAAGAUAUAUGUUAGAAGUAUUGUAUUGUCAGAAAAUAUUGGAAAUAUUUUGCGACGUAAGAAACGAUAAAUCAAUUAGUUAUCUGUUAGGUCGCGCGGGAGAUUGUUGCUUUAUGACGGUGCAAGACUGGUGUAACGUAGAAAAGCAUAGAAAAGAUUACGACGCAAAGAAUGAAAUGGAGGAAAAAAUAGUCGAAGAACUGUUUAGUAUGGAUGAUUUGGAUAUGAAUGGUGGUGAAUUGCUGCCGAAGGGAUUAGAUAGUCUCGAAUCUACUUUGCUUUCUUCGUACAAAUGUUAUGAAAAAGCUUUGUCGUUGGAACCGAUGGAUAUGGAUAAAAAUAACUUGUUGAGACGUUUGGGAAAUAUUCAUAAUGAGUUGGGUGUUCUUUAUAUGACUCAAGCAAGAUCUCGAUAUCAGCAAGAGGAAGAGAUUGAUUUGCCGAACUCACCGGAUGUAACCGCACUUUUAACGCGUUCGUUGACUCACUUGGAAUCCGGCGUUAAAGCCUUCGAGACUGUCCAUGACGAAGCAAAUCUGGCGCUUUUACACUCUAAUACUGGUCGACUUAUGCGACUUUGUGCACAUAUGUACGGUAAACAGAACACGAAGGAGCGUCACUUUUACAACAAGGCAUUCGCGAGUUAUCAAAAAGCUCUGCAAGUCCUAGGCGAUAGGAAAACAAAUCCAGCAAUAUGGGACACAGUUAUGUGGGAUUUUUCGACAACAUUAUACGUAAAAGCCACGUUAUUGCAGGAUUAUCCUACGGAUGAAUACAAGGAUGAGGAGGAAUUGGGAAGAGAAGUAGUAGAUACUCUCCAGAAGGCGCUUAAACAUUGCGAUAUAGACACGCCGGGACCACGUCAACCGAUUUAUCAAUUUCGCGCUGCAAACAUUCAACAUCGAUUGGCUUCGUUAUAUCACAAAGUAUACAGAAAAAUUGAGACGGAUGUGGAUAGUAGCAAGAAAAAAACGAAUUUGCAGUUAUGCAAAUUGUAUUACGAUAAAGCAGCGAAACUAUUGCUUUCGUUAGAGCAAAGCACGGAAUAUUUAACUGUACAAAUAGAAAGAAUCGCUCUGGCGGAACAUCAAGCGCGUAAUAGUACAUCUUUUAAUAAUAAAUUAAAAGCGUACCAACAUGGCCUGGAUUUAGUUUUACAAUGUAUACCUAUUAUGGAAGUACUAUGCGAACGAACUAAUUCAACAAAACAAGAAACAGUCGAUAAUAAAACAGAGGAUAGUAAUAUCAAAUGCGAGAAAGUAGCCGAAGAACAAAAAUUAAUAGAGGACGAUGAGAAUCUCGUACUUUUGUUAGAACAAAGAUUACAAUUCCUUCUACGAUCAUUAACUAAGCUAUUUUUGAGUAAAAGUCCCGUGCACAAUAAAAAAGAGCAUGAAACAUUUGCAAAUCUAUAUAAGCAGUGCUACACUCGAACAUUACGACCAAUAACGAUGUCCGGAUUUACUUUAGUAAAACAUAUGACGGAGUUACUACGAGAACUCGACGAUAUGUUAAAACAAGUGGAAUCUUAAUCAAUAUGUAAAUAAAUAUAUAAUAUACUAAAA